UAAACGUUGUUGCAGAGAAUAAUAGCCCCCUCACAAGACUAAUAUUAUUGUACUAGGGAGUUGUUUUUCCUCAUCCCAUGCUUAUUGUUUCCUGAGAGAUGUACCGGGCGAGCCCUUUCAAUGAACUUCCCAACUGGAAGAGGGCUUUAGCGCGUGAGGGAAAGCCCCUCUACACAUGAUGAGAGGCAUUCAUUUGCUACAGGGCUGGGGAGCGUGAGGCUUGUUUCUUCAGGAAAGGGAAAUGAAAUCCCGGUGACCCCGACCCCAACUCGCAUUUCAUUUUGAACUCUUCCCUUCACCGUCUUGAAUAUAAGCUAGAAGCCAUGCGCACACCCCUCCAGUCCAGGACCCCAGUGGUUUGGUCCUAUAUUAGCCAUGUACGUGCUAAGAAGGUUGACAAGGAACCAAGGCUGCGCUUGGUGGCCCACGAGGUUCUCACGGGGGGAGCCGGGCUUGGGUUCUCCUUGUCCCUUCUCCGCCCCUAGUGCUUCACAGCGCGUUACGCCAGGCCCGGGGGACCAUCGUCCGUUGCGCCUGGGGAGGCGCAGGAGUCGAGGCAGCCUGGCUCGGAGCCGAGUGGGCGAAGGCUGCCAAGGAAAGCGGCGGCUCCUGUUUGCCAUGGGGAGGCGCGGCGCAGACUCGACGGUUUGCUUGACAGCGGGCUCGGCCGCCAAUUUGGCAGCCGCGCCAGGCACUCCUCGCCCUCGUUAUUAUGUAAUGGGGCCGGAGGAGCGGGGCCACGGGAAGCCCUUGCUCGUCCCUCAGUUGCAGCCGCGCCAGGCCGAGGCGAGGGAGUCGGCGGGGAGGUGGCGCCAUGAGCCAAGACGAGCCGUGCGCCCUGAAAGGGAACCUCAACUUGCUGCCCGACGGCUCCCCGGUCGUGAGGGCCGCCGUGGCCGCGCUGAGGCGCCGAGCCCAGGAGGAGAAUGUACAUCCUUCGCCCUGGUCCCUGUCCGACGCCUUCCUGGUCCGCUUCUUGCGAGCUCGGGAUUUCGACGCCGAGCUGGCCUGGAAGCUAUUGAAAAACUAUCACAAGUGGAGAGCUGAAUUCCCAGAAAUAGUUGGAGAUGUGCGGCCUUUCUCUGUCCUUGGUCUGAUGAAAUCUGGUUACCUUGGAGUUCUGAAGGAGAGGGACCCAGCUGGUAGCAAAGUUCUCAUUUACAGAAUUGGAAAAUGGGACCCAAAGAUAUUCACAGCAUUUGAUUUGUUUCGUUUAAGUCUUAUCACAUCUGAGCUCAUUGUGAGAGAGCUAGAAACACAGCGGAAUGGAGUCAAGGGUAUCUUUGAUCUUCAAGGAUGGAGAUUCGCUCAUGCAUUUCAGAUCACGCCUACGGUUGCCAAGAUAAUAGCUGCCGCGAUCACAGAUGCCUUUCCACUAAAAGUGCGUGGAAUCCACUUGGUUAAUGAGCCUUUGCUCUUUCACCCGGUCUUUGCUCUAAUAAAGACAUUCCUCUCAGAAAAGAUUAAAGCACGGAUCCACAUGCAUGGGAGUAACUAUGUUCCUACUCUCCUACAACACUUUCCAGCCAGCAUUCUCCCAAAAGAAUAUGGUGGUGAAGCUGUCUCCAUUGAAACCCUUUCCCAAGAAUGGACUAACUUCGUGAUGGAUUCUGAAAGUUAUCUUCAGAGUAUUACUCUGUUUAAGUAGUAUGUUCUGGGAGAAGCAGAGUUAUUUGAUUAUUAACCAAACUAUGAGAGAGAGAUGAUGGUGACGACGACAAUGAUAGCUUCAAUGUGAUUUACAGAAGAUUUAAAUGGGGGUUGAGGUUGGCUCAGACUACAGAAGUUAGUGAAACAAACAACUACAUAUGCAGACUUGCCUUAGAUAAAUGCGAAAUUGCUUUUAGACGAAUGUCAAAUGUUUUGAUAUCUGAAUAAUAUUUCUGGAGAAUACAUGCCUUGUCUGCUGCAUUCUUUCUUAAGGCAAGGAAGAGAACAAGCAAAAUGGAAAUUUUACAAAAAGGGUGGUGAAUGUGUGGGUCCUCUAGAUGUUGCUGGACUCUAGCUUCUGUUUGCCCCAGCAAGCCCGGCCACUGGCCAGGGAUGAUGGGAGUUAUAGUCCAGUAAUGUCUGAAGGGCACAGGCUCCCCAUCCAUUUUACAGGAAGGGGAAUAUUUCCACUAGAAGGCACUUUGCAGCUUCUUAUAUGUUAAUUGAAUUGCCUGCUGGAUGUACGAUUAAAACAAACAUAAGAACAGCCUAAGAUCAGAUCAAAGGCUCAUCUACCCCACUGUUCUUCCUAGUGGCCAACUAGAUGCCCUUUAGAAGCUGGCAUGUGUGGCAAAGUGGAAGUAGCCAUUUUCAGUUUCUUGCCUUAAUAUCUGGUAUUCAGAAAUAUGGUGCCUCUAAAUACGGAAGCUGACUUCAGCUGUUAUGACUAAUAGCCAUAAAAUAAUCCAUAAUACACAAAGUUGUCUUAUUAUCAGUCAUGAACCUACUUUCAAUUAUGGUGCCUUUUGGAUACUGGAGAGGGAUCAAACUUUUUAUACAACAAUAGCUAGUAAUUUAGAUAUAUUUGCAGGCUAAGCUUAUGUUUACAUAAAAUUAAUCUUUGUUAUAUUCAGUGAAGUUUUUUUCUGAGCCUUCUGUCUACUCCGAAGUAAUUGCAACUGGGUUUACUGGAAUUUACUCUCAAGUAAGUGAAUAUACGAUUGCAGGUUUUACUUAUUCUUUCAUUGUACAAGCUGGCAAGGGGCUAACAAUUAAAUACAUAAAAUAAUAUGCACCAACUCUAGCAUAAUCCUUAGAAUAGUGAUUGUGCUUAGACACACUUUUUAGCCUUACUGUUUGCUUUCAGAAGAUUAUCAUUCCUUGAAAUUAUUUUAUGGGGAGAGGUGGAUUAUCUGUGAAAUACUUAGCUACCGCUGCUGGAGAGGGGUUGGUAGCAUAGUGCACUAAUGGGAAAAGUCACGUUUUAGCUGUUACUUAUUUAUUAAUUCCCUAGUUGGGUAAGCCCUGAUUGCUUAUCCUCUUGGACCAGCACCCUGAAAAGAUGUGAAUACCUGCUAAUAUGAAACAGUUUUGCUACAACAGUAUUUUCUGCAAAGCAAAAAGGAAAGCUCUAUCACGCUGAGGUGCCUUGUCACUUCCCAGCACAAGGCAAUGAGCCUAUUCUGAUGGUUCUGUGGCAGUUACAAUAGCUUUAGGUCCUCAGGGUGUAUAAACUUUU